CUGAAUCUUUACUGAACUGCUUUAGCACAAAGAAAUACAUUAUUAUAAGUCAUACUAUGGAAGCCAUUUUUUUUAUUUUGGUGUUUAUGUCUGGGUUAAUUCUUGCUGUUCCUGCCUCAAAAGGACUCAUUUUUGAUCUGGAUCAUGGAGAGCUGUGUCUUCAAAGUGCUCAGUGCAAAAGCAACUGCUGUCACAGGGAGAGUGGAGUGAGUUUAGCACGUUGUGCCCCGCGUGCUGCUGAAUUUCAAAAGUGUUCUCCUUUGCACUUAUAUGGAGUUUAUUAUUAUUGCCCUUGUGAGAGCGGUCUGAGCUGUGAAGUGGAUAGAACUAUUGUGGGAACAAUCACUAAUGCAGACUUUGGCUGGUGCAAGGAUCCCAAUGAUGCAAAAUAAAAAUAACAUCUUCAAAGAA